GUUACACUCCUGUACUAUAGGUGGCGGCAGGCACCUCCAACGUUGGUUUGUAGUCGGCCAUUAAACCAAAGAAGAAGCGGCAUAAGAAAAUAAACAGAUGUGUCUUGUGACCAGCUUUUGAGGAAGCAUUCAUCUCAGCUGGGGCUGGCAGCAGGAUGGCCUCUGUGAGCUCAGCACAGAGAUGGCUCCCUGCACAGCUGCUGCUGCUGCUGUGGACGCUCACACACUUCUCUGAGUCCAGCGUGUAUCUGUUAGGUCCAGAUGUCGUCACGCUUCAGAAGAACUCUGGAGCCAACAUCAGCCUUACUUCCAGUUCCCCUGUGAACCAGUCAGCUGUGAUUCACUUCAACAUCACCUUCAGCUCCAAGCCUGACUACACCUCUGUGAUCACACUGCCCGAGCAGGUGUUGCUGCCAGAAAAUGAAACCUCAGUUAUCUUCAAUGUGACGGCCCAUGAUGUUGGUCAGGUAACCACAUACCUGCAAACCAACAACACGGAGCUCAAGAGUUCUGUCAGGAUCCACUUCCUGGUUGUCCAUAGCAACAUUCUGUCAAUAAUCAGUCAGGUGAUCGGCUGGAUUUACUUUGUGGCCUGGUCCGUGUCCUUCUAUCCACAAGCCUGGGAAAACUUCCGGAGGAAAAGUGUUGUAGGUCUCAACUUUGACUUCCUGGCUCUCAACCUGACUGGCUUCAUCGCCUACAGUGUCUUCAACAUAGGACUGUUCUGGGUGCCUUAUAUAAAGGAGGAGUUUCUGAAGAGCAACCCCAACGGAAUUAACCCUGUGAGCGCCAACGACGUCUUCUUCAGUCUGCAUGCUGUCGUGCUCUGCUUGGUCUACAUCAGCCAGGCCGCUGUGUACGAGAGGGGGGGUCAGAAGGUCUCGCUCACAGCCUGCUUCCUGCUGGUGGUUGGCUGGACGUUUGCCUUGGUCAGCCUGUUUGUGGCCGUAGCCAAACAGAUCACCUGGCUGAAUUACCUCUACUAUUUCUCCUACAUCAAACUGGCAGUCACUCUGAUCAAAUAUGUGCCACAGGCGUACAUGAACUACAAAAACCAGAGCACUGACGGGUGGAGCAUUGGCAAUGUGCUGCUGGACUUCACAGGUGGAGUCUUCAGUAUUCUGCAAAUGAUCCUUCAGUCUUACAACAAUGACGAAUGGAAGCUCAUAUUUGGCGACCCCACCAAGUUUGGUCUGGGUGUUUUCUCCGUGGUGUUCGACAUCCUCUUCAUGACUCAGCAUUACUGUCUCUACAGACAGCGACCACAGUAUGAAGCUGUUACCGGGCAACCAGAUGACUGAUUCUGCCUGACGCUGCCUGUAGACAGUGGCAAACUUACAAAGGAGCACAAUACUGAUUCAAACUGCUGCAGAGAGGCUGUCAUAUUUGACUUCCAUCACAUGUUCUCUUCAGCUGUUUGUUCACAUGAUGCCUUUUUAAAAUGUAUAUUUCAGGGUUAGCACUGCUCUUUUUUUUUUCUUCACUCCAUAUGAAAAUUAUUGAUAGAAUGUAUGAGAAAAAAAUAUGUAAUGUUGACAAUAUAUGCACCUUUUUUUUAUUAAAUGCAAUAUUACCACUAAAAUCA